AUGCGCCCCCUACUGGAAGAGGAGUCGAAUACCUUUCAGUCAAUGGUGAGUCGCAGUGACUUUUUAACACAGCAUUUCUCGGAAGGAAAGCCACAAUGGUGGUCGACUUCCCUUAAACUCUCACUUUCUUUGAGACAUGGUGUCUAUUUAUCACACCAUCACUGAGUUUCUUUGCCGCCUGUGUGAUGGUGUGAAAGAUACGCCUUGGGAUAUUUAUAACAAAUCAAAAAAAAAGAGAGAAAUCAUCUUUAUUUCUUAGCAACACAUAAAUAUUAACAACGUAAUUGCUUUGAGCCCAGCCCAUACGAGGGGAGGAGGGAGGGACGGAGGACACCGCCCCUUCUUGGAAGAGAGAGAGACGAAAACUAUAAAGACACGACCGGGACCGCACACCACAGCAGGAUAACAUAGAGCUACACACGUCUCCUACGCUCGGAAUACUUAACACCGGCCGAUAUUUGGAUAUCUGUCUAAAGUAUCGCAUUUGAAGAAAAGCAGAGGUUGUAGCCCCUGCCCCAGCCCUGCUGACCCUACCUGCGCCCCGGUCCCUCCAGCCCAGAGUCCCGGGUUCAGAGCCAUGGUCACUUACAGCAAGCUAACCUCAGCAAUGAGCGGCGUCCCUUUGGACCCCAGCCCUCGGCCGCCCCAGCGCUACAAGACCUUCAGCGGCCGGCCCCAGUACACGCUGGUCCUCGCCGCGCUGCGCAAGCUGCAGGAGAGCGGCUUCUACUGGGGCGCCAUCACGGGCAAGGACGCCAACGCCCUGCUCUCCCCCGAGGCCCCCGGCACCUUCCUGGUGCGCGACAGCUCGGACCACCGCCACUUCUUCACGCUCAGCGUGCGCACGGCGGCCGACACCAAGAACCUGCGCGUCCAGUGCGACGCCGCCUCCUUCUUCCUGCAGACGGACGCCAAGAGCGCCCACGCCGUGCCGCGCUUCGGCUGCGUGCUGCAGCUGGUGCACUACUACAUGUCCCACGGCCGGGGGGGCGCGGGCGGCGCGGGGAACGGGCGCUGCGGCGGCGGGAACAGCUACUACAUCUACUCGGGCGGCGUGAAGACCCCCCUGGAGCUGCUGAGGCCCCUCCCCUCCACGCUGUCGUCCCUGCAACACCUCUGCAGGAAGACGGUGAACGGACACCUGGACGCCGCGUCCCGCAGCGAGCAGCUGCCGCACACGCUCAAGGAGUUCCUGCAGGAGUACGACGCCCCCAUCUAGGGGGGGGGAGGGGCGGGGGGGGAGGGGCCCGGACACGGACACCCCCCCCCCCCCACCCCCGGGAAUCUUGAGCACCGCCGAGAGUAACUGUACGGUCGCAGGCGGGAAGCCGCGAAGCUUGGCACGCACGCGGGCGUGGGACAAGCCCCCCCCGGACACAGAGCCCUGAGGGACAGUGGAGGGCGAGGACGGGUCAGGUGUGGCUCCAUGGAGCUUAGGACCCCCCCUCCCUAAUCCCUGGAGUCCCAGGAGGGGCAGAGAGACAGAAGGCCCCUCACGCGCUCCAGAGAGACAGGACGGAGUAAGAGAGACCGCUGCUAUAGACUGACCGAGAGAAACCAGAGAACAACGGCAGCCCUGUGCCAGGGGCUAUAUCUGACAUCACUUCCUGUAAACCCCGUGGCUCAGCGUCAGUCGUCUGGGUUCCGAUGACACACGGCUUCCCUCUCCGACCGCCGCCGCCGCCGCUGCUGACCACGGUUACCAUGGUGACGUGGGUCCGGGACAGACACGCACAUCCCCGUGGCUCACAUGACUGGACCCGCCUGUUGGUGUUGGCGGCGUACCGGGGCGCUCACGGACACGGGAACACCGAACGAUCCGGGAGGAGCGGAAACCCGACCUCUGAUUCAGACGCUCCUCGCAGACCUCUGACUGCCCCAGAGGGGGCGGGGGGGAGGGGGGGGAGACACGUAGGAUAAACAGUGACACACACGGAGAUGCGGUGUGUCGACGCACAACCCAGUUUUGUACCCUCUCUCUGAAAGACAGAAAGACAGAACAAUGUGUUUUGGAUUUGUUUAUUUAUCGGUUUUAUUUCCAAGCCAAACUUGCCUCAGAUAUCGGAUGUUGAUGACGUGCCAGUUUGUCGGUACGACAGAGUGGCGUACCGAGACGGAGAGUCUCUCCGUCUCCCACUUGAUGAACCAGGAGGCUGGAGAGAAGGUGUUUGUUGUAGGACAACGUGAAUGUAUACGAUUAGAGUCUUCCCUCUCUGAGAGAGAGGAGAAACGGGGUCACCUCUGACUACGACCCCAAGACAACACUAUGUUUACAUUGUUAUAGACGAAAUGUAAAACUGUUCUUCGUCGUCUAUUAUAAAGACAACAAUGCCAGGCACACUGCCUGGCAGGGCUGAUAGACGAUUGGUCAGAACAAGAAGACAUAAACGACUUUGCACAUAUUUAUAUUUCUAUCGACAUUUCAAUAAUUUAUAAUAAAAGCAAUAUUUUUGUACGUAC